GCAGGCGUAGGUUUGAAGGGGGAGAGAGUCACCGGCCGUCCGGGAGGAGCACCCGCCCGCGCGCUGAGGGGUUGAGCCGUCGGGGUACGUCCCCCGGUACCCGGGCGCUGGCCCCUGCGUCUCCGGCCUGGUACGCGUUGCGGGGUCCCAGGGCUUCCGUAGGCCAGAGAGGGCUUCCGGAGGCGGAGGGUCGCUCCCGCGUGUCGGUGGCGCCUCCCGGCCGCAGGGGCCACCCUGAGCGCCGCCGCUGACCCUCCGGAGGUUGCUAGGCUGCCAUUUGGUGCAAGGGGCUGAUUGGUGGGGUCCGGACGAGGAGAGUGUCAGGUGUCGCCGCGAUUGAGUCGCGGAGGGCGGACCCCGCGAGGCUCUCAACGCCGAUUGGUCCCCGGCGCACCGGAAAUGCCUCCGCACCGGACAGAACAGACAGCACUCAAACGCCGGGGGCACCGCUCAUUGGGCAGGAGCUAGAGGCGUGUCUCAGCCUACUCGGUGGUUGGGCGCGGGCCCAGCAGAGGCGGCACCUGAACGGUGACUGGGCGCCGGGACGCAGCUCUCGCGGGGAUUGGACGCGGGGACGCAGCGGAGGCGGCGGCGGCGCGCAAUCUGAGGAAGGCGGGUGGAGGCUGCAUGGGGCGGCGGCGGCGGCGUCGCCGGGUGGACCCGGCGAACGCGGCCCGGGCCCUGCCCGAGGCCAUCGCCGCGUUGAGUCAGACGCUGCCCGCCGGACCCAGCCCCGAGACCUUCCGCCGCGCCAAGUUCGACCGUCCGGAGGCGGCCCCCGCGCUCUGGCGGCUGCUCUUCUGCGUGCUCUCGCCGCAGCUGCCCGACGACGCCUCGGCCUCAUUCUCCCCGGAGGCCCAGGUCCGCUCUGUGAAGUUGGCGCUGCGCACCCAGGGCUACCCUAGGCGGGCCCUGGCACAGCUCCCGGACGACGGCUCCCAGGGCAGCCGCGAGCUGCUGCUGGCCCUGGCCUGGCUCCUGGCCCGCGGGCCCCUGCCCGAGCGGCUGCUGGCCCAGAACCGCGUGCAGCUGGGCGACGAGAUGCACGUGUGCGAGUGCGAGGCCCUGGCCAGCCCUGGCCCUCCUGCCCCCAGUGUGGAAGCAGACGGCUGUGUGGACAUCCGCCACCUGCAGUGGCUGAUGGGAAAGCUGCGGUUCCGGUGGCGAAACCUGAUGGCCAGUCAGCAGGAGCAGUGCGCCCUCCUGGGCAAGAUCCACUCAUAUACCCGUGGCUGCCACAGCGACUGCAGCCUUGGCCACCUGUCUGUCACCGAAACGGAGCUGCUCAGAGACCCGGAGGGUGGCCGGCAGCUGCUGCGGAGGCUGGAGAGGGAGAACGCUCGGCUGCAGGCGGCCCUCGAGUGGCGGCGCCGGGAGCUGGUCUUCUGGCAGUGGAUGGACACGGUCCUGGACGCCUGCCCCCCUGAGGCCUCACAGCCCACGUUUCUGCCCAGGAUCCCCACGCCAGGGGCUGGAGCAUUGGAGCCCCUGGUGCGGGAGCUGCAGGCCCUGCAGGGAGAGCUGCGAGAGGCGGUGGAGGCCCGGCGGGCGGCCUGGGAGGCCGGGGUUGGAGGCCGUGGGCCCGAGUGGAGCGCCGCGAGGACGGCCUUGCGGGAGGCCGUGGGGCAGGACCUGGCAGCUCUGCGGCGGGCCUGCGAGCGAGGCGGCAGCCUGGUCCAGCCCCACGGGCCCCGCCGGCUGGUGAGGACUGAGGCUGGGGCGCCUGGGGGCCCAGGCCUGCGGGCCCCUGAGGUGAUUGAGGCGCUGAGGAGCCGGGAGGCCCACCUGGAGGUGGUGCUGCGCCGGCUCCAGGGCCAGUGUCGGCAGGAGCUGGCCAGGCUGGUGGGAGCCCUGCCCGGCCUCGUCUGGAUCCUGCCACCUGGACGCUGACGCUCCCUUCUCCAGGGGGCACCCCCCCUCAGCCUGGCUGGGCCUUGGAGGGGCAGAUUCCAGGCCGGGUAGCUGCAGGGGUGACACAGACACAGCCCCGGUGGUACAGGCACGCUGGGCCCCGGGCCCCCACUUGGGGCAGUACCCAGCCCCGCGGCCUGCAGUGCUGGGGGAAGGCCCAUUGUGGUGGCCUUGGGCAUUCAGGAUCUGGAGAAGACCCAGAAGUAAAUUGUGGAGGCCUUCUUGCAGGGCUGAGGCUCCAGCUCUCCCUCCGCCACCCUUCCAGGUCUCUGUCUGGUGAGGCGGUGCUCCCCUCAGGCCCAGGGCGAGGGGUCCCUGGGCAGUGGUGGCUGAGGCUGGGCUGGUCCAGGGCUGCCCAGGUGCUGGACGGACAGGCAUGGCCUGCAGCACAGGGUGGGCGUCAGGGCCCCGGGGGAUGCAGUGUCCUGGAUGCACCCUUGGAGCCCUCAUCCUGGGCUCCCUUUGUACACCCCACCUGGGCCACGCCUGUGCCUGGUGUGCGUGUGGGUGUGCGUGUGGGUGUGUGUGCGUGUCUGUGUUGGGCAGGGACGCCUGAU